GCUUAUUUUUUUUUCAGUACUCAUCGCACACUAUAUUUGAAAAAUUAAAAUUAUUUAGAUAAUUAGUAUAUAACAGCUUAAUAAGAUAGUUAUCAGUGACAAUGGGUAGUAGACAAAAGCCCAAGCAAGGAUUACCUCCUACGUUUGAAGAGAUUCAAGCUAAUAAAGAAAGAAGAGAACUGAAGAGAAGAGGAGAUUCAGACCACAACAACAAAUAUCCAACCAAAAAGCAAAAGAAUUUCAAUAAUAAGAAAAAUAAUCAACCAAAGUCAAAACCAGAAAAGAGAUCUAAGCCAGAAAAGAAACAAAAGGAAGAUAUCGUUGAAGAUGCUCCAGAUUUACCACAAGUCGAUUUAGAAGAGUUAUCAUCUGCUAAGAAAUCUUUAUUUGAUGAUUCAGAAGAAGAAUUAGAACAAGGUGAUGAGUUUGAUGUGGAAGGUGAAGAAGAAUUCUUUGAUUCAGAUGAAGAAGAACGUAGUAGACCAAUGUUUUCAGAUGAUGAUGAAGAUGAUUUAGAGAAUUUAAAUGCUGCCAAUAUGGAAGAAUACUCCCGUAGACUUGAAGAAGAAGAAGAAUUAGAAGCUGAAGAAGCUGAAAAAGAAUUACAAGAAUCACAAAUACAACCAAGAGCAAAGAUCUUGCCAUCAGAAGAAGAACUUGAAGCUAUUGGUUCCGGUCCACAGGAUGUUACCAUGGUUAGAACUAGAAUGAUUGAAAUCGUGAAGGUCUUGGAAAAUUUUAAAGACUUAGCUGAAGAAGGUAGAUCUCGUACCGAAUAUGUCAACAGAUUACUUAAAGAUAUUUCAGAAUAUUUUGGUUAUUCUGAAUUCUUAGCUGAAAAGUUAUUCAAUUUGUUUUCUCCUUCUGAAGCUAUGGAAUUCUUUGAAGCAAAUGAAAUUGCUCGUCCAGUUACUAUCAGAACCAAUACUUUAAAAACUAGACGUAGAGAUUUGGCUCAAGCUCUUGUUAACCGUGGGGUUAACUUACAACCAAUAGGGUCAUGGACUAAGGUCGGGUUACAAGUAUUCGAUUCUCAGGUUCCAAUUGGUGCUACUCCAGAAUACCUUGCCGGUCAUUAUAUAUUGCAAGCUGCUUCAUCAUUUUUACCAGUUAUUGCUAUGGAUCCACAAGAAAAUGAACGUGUUCUUGAUAUGGCUGCUGCUCCAGGUGGUAAAACUACAUACAUCUCUGCAUUAAUGAAGAAUACCGGUUGUGUCUUCGCCAAUGAUGCUAAUAAAGCUCGUACUAAAUCCUUAAUUGCCAAUAUUCACAGGCUUGGUUGUAAGAAUACCAUUGUAUGUAACUACGAUGCUAGAGAAUUUCCAAAGGUUAUUGGAGGGUUUGACAGAGUCUUAUUAGAUGCUCCAUGUUCUGGUACAGGUGUUAUCGCCAAGGAUGAAUCAGUUAAAGUCAGUCGUACUGAGAAAGAUUUUAUACAAAUUCCACAUUUACAAAAACAAUUACUUUUAUCUGCCAUUGAUUCAGUUGAUGCUAAUUCUGCAACUGGUGGUAUUAUCGUGUAUUCUACUUGUUCCGUUGCUGUUGAUGAAAAUGAAUCUGUUGUUGAUUAUGCAUUAAGAAAAAGACCAAAUGUUAAGCUUGUUGAAACUGGAUUACAAAUAGGUAAAGAAGGUUUCACUUCAUACAGAGGAAAACGUUUCAAUCCAAAACUUUCAUUGACCAGACGUUAUUAUCCUCAUACUUAUAAUGUUGAUGGUUUUUAUGUCGCUAAGUUCAAGAAGAUUGCUCCAUCUCCACAUGAUGUGUCAAAAGCUGGUGCCAAAGAAAAAGAAUCAUUGGCUAGAGCUGAAGCUGAAGAAGAAGGUAUCAUCAAUGGUGAUUUCGCUGAAUUCGAUGAAGAUGCUGAUAAAUCUAUUAUUGAACAAUCAGUUAAGAGAAAUUUAAAGAGAAAGGGAAUCAAUCCAAAUGGUAAAAAAUCCCAAGGAUGAAAUUUAUAAUUACACUGUACAUUACUG